AUGGCUGUUUCUGUUCGGAUUUACUCUCCACCGGCUGAUCAGGGGGGAUCGAUCCGCCUGAUUCACCCUCUCCAGCAUCUACAGGAGGACGACCUCGGGACGCGAGAGUGGCUGGUGGUUUUGGACCUGGACUGGAUGCAGUUGAAUCGACCCAAGAGCGCGCAUCUCAUCAGCUCCAGUCCGCACAAUUCAUCCUCCUAUUCCAGCCAGUUCAAAAGCAUGCGCUUCUCAUACCACAUCAGCAGCGGGUUACCCAGCCCACAGCCUGCCCUGCGCAGAUCAGAAACAUGUCAGCGGGGUUUGAUGCACUGGAAGGCCAAACACAUGAAGAGUUGUCCCCGGGAGCAAAUCAUCGUGGUGCCAGAUAUCACCGGGGGAGUGAUGUGUACCCCACGGUUCCCCGAACAGCAGGCCGCUUCUGGGUCAUUUAGCCCUCCACCCUCAGAGUUCAUCCUGCCCUGCACGUCCCUUCAGGAACCACUAGAGGCGCCGCUGGCCGAGGAGGAGGUGGAGCAAGAAGAAAAGGAGGAGGAAGAAGAGGUGGACGAAACCGAGGAGGAUGACAGCGAACUCGGGGCUUCCUGCUCGGAAAAGCGUCUCUCUAUGGAAUCGGGCUAUGGUGCCUCUGAUAAACUGCUGGACACUAUGGAAAUGAGGGACCUUACAGCCAACCAAUCAGAAAUCCCCUCGGAUCGCUUGUCCCUCCCCCCGUCACAGAUGGAUGGGAAGCUGGCCAAUAGAGACAGUGGUAUCGACAGCAUCAGCUCACCCUCACACAGCGAGGAGCUCUGCUUUGUCGGGGACGAGGAUCGAGUCGGUCACGAGAGGGAGAUUUGCCCCUGCAGCCCAGGGCCCGGGCUUCCUUGCGGCUAUGCCGAGGGGCCCGGAGGAGAGGGGGCCAGUGGUGUGGAGGGCGGCAGAGACUCAGAGGGAGACAGUGAUAUGGAGGAGGGCAGCGGGGAUGAGAGUGAGAUGAACCCCAUGGCCCUUCAACCUCUGCCUAAAGCUGAACGACAAGACUCCACUGAGCUGUCAGUCCAGCAGCGGGUGUUUAACAUUGCUAAUGAGCUGCUGCAUACAGAGAAGGCUUACGUGUCCAGACUGCACCUCCUGGACCAGGUGUUCUGUGCCCAGCUGAUGGAGGAGGCCCGAGCUCGCAGCUCCUUCCCCUGUGAGGUGGUCAUGGGCAUCUUCUCCAACAUCUGCUCCAUCUACUGCUUCCACCAGCAGUUCCUGUUGCCCGCACUGGAGAAACGCAUGGAGGAAUGGGAUCUGAACCCCCGCAUCGGGGACAUCCUGCAGAAACUGGCGCCUUUCCUGAAGAUGUACGGCGAGUACGUGAAAAACUUUGACCGGGCCAUGGAGCUGGUGAACACCUGGAUGCAGCGCUCCUCUCAGUUCAAAGCCAUCAUUCACAACAUCCAGAAAGAGGAGAUGUGUGGGAAUCUUACCCUACAGCACCACAUGUUGGAGCCUGUGCAGAGGAUCCCUCGUUACGAGCUCCUGCUCAAAGACUAUCUGCACCGCCUGCCAGAGGACGCAGACGACUUCAAAGAUGCUCAGAAAUCUCUGGAGCUGAUCGCCACAGCGGCAGAACAUUCAAACGCUGCCAUCAGGAAAAUGGAGCGCAUGAGAAAGCUGCUGAAAGUGUACGAGUUGCUCGGUGGAGAAGAGGACAUUGUUAACCCGACUAAUGAGCUCAUUAAAGAGGGACACAUUCUGAAACUGUCAGCUAAAAACGGGACAUCACAGGAUAGAUACCUCAUUCUGUUCAAUGACAGGUUGUUGUACUGCGUCCCCAAACUGAGGCUGAUAGGGCAGAAGUUUGGAGUGCGAGCGCGGAUUGACGUAGACGGCAUGGAGCUAAAGGAGACCAGCAGCAUGAACGUACCACGAACAUUUCUGGUUUCGGGAAAACAGCGUUCACUAGAACUGCAAGCAAGGACGGAAGAGGAGAAGAGAGAUUGGAUUCAGGCGAUCCAGGCCACUAUACAGAGACAUGAACAGACGCUGGAGACCUUCCGCAUGCUCAACUGCUCGUUUCGGGAGGAGGACUUCACUCCUCCAAACUCUCCGGCUGACCUAACGUUUGAAGUAAACAAAUAUUCUAUCGGUCGUCUAUUGGCUGAUCGCAGUGAAGCCCCGCCCAUUCUGCAAAGCUAUUGGACCGUUCGUCUGUCUGUCCACACUCGGCUGAUCAUGGAGCGUCACUGUGGGGUUUUCCAGUCGGAUUUACGCGGAGAAGAGAGCGAUAUAACUGUUUGCACAGCAGAAAAGACUCUGAUAGAGGAACUAAGGACUUUAGACUUCAUUUUCAAUCAAGCUCUAGUGCAGACUGAUAAAGAAAGCACUGAUACGGGAAUCUGA